CCACAAAAAGCUACAAAAUACAAUAGUGCUUGAGGGAGAAAACAAGAAACAUUAGCAGGAAUAAGAGAAAAAACAGAAAGCGUACAACGACACAGCGUCCGUAUAUCAUAAAUAUCGGAUUAAGUUGAUGGAAAGAGAAAACAGAAUGGACAGAAAACGGUGAAUAUUUUGACGGGCUGAUAUUUAAAUAAAAGUGGGCGGAGCUUCUCACACUCUCUCACACACACACACAUACACACACACAGCGUUAAGUUGGAUUCGGAUUUUGAUGCGUUUCGGUGGAAAUCCUGUUUUUAUUCAGAGCAAAAUCACAACCAGGAGGAAGAAAGAAUAAAUAAAAAAAAGCCCAGACAGUGAAGAUCAAAAGAAAGAAGUCAUGGCGACAGACGGGGGGAAAUCAGGUGGUGGUGAAAAGGGAAAUAAAGGAAAAACAUCAGUACAGGAUGCACAGCCAUCUCCUCUCGCUCUACUUGCAGCCACGUGCAGUAAAAUAGGCGGCGUGGGCGGGGAGGGGCAGGCCGGGGUGCAGCAGCAGAUCAUCAUUGACCCCAGCCAAGGGUUAGUUCAGCUCCAGAACGCCACUCAGCAGCUGGAGUUUCUCCCGGCUCAGUUAACAGGAAACGGCUGGCAGAUCAUCGCCACUUCGCCUGCCACACCUACUGCAACUGUAACCAAGGACAACACACAGGCUCCUGGCAUGGCCACCUUAGCAACCGGGACCAGCAUGGUCCCCGUUGAUGCCACACCCGGGCGAAAGGUUAAAUCGACCGGCGUGAACAAUGCAUCGAUGGCACAGCAGCAGCAGCAGCAAUUUCAGAUCAUCCAGGUCCAAAACAUGCCAAAUUCCACAGGAGGGAUCCAGUAUCAGGUGAUCCCACACUUACAGACCGCUGACGGUCAGCAGAUCCAGAUAAAUCCCAGCAACCCAACCACUUUAAGCGUCCAGCCUGAGCAGAUUCAACUCAUUAACGCCUCUAACAACCAAGCCAUCCUGGCCACGCCUCCAAGAGCCACGUCAGCCAACGUAGUUUCCCAGAAUGUCACAAAUCAGGCCAUCCCUGUGCAGAUUCGCCCCUCAUUUCCACUGCAGCUGCAGACCAUUCAGGGCACGCAAGCCCCCAUGGUCACUACAAUACCUAUAAACAUUGGUGGCGUCACUUUGGCUCUGCCCGUCAUCAACAACAUGACCGCAGGAGGGGGAUCUGUGCAACUGUUGCAGUCGAACGACGUGAACGUAGCCAACGGCAGCCAGUUGAUCACGACCAGCAUUGAAUCAACAUCCGGGACCACCAGCUUGACGACCUCAGGGGGCGUGGACUCCAUUUCUGCAGAAGCUACAGCCUUAACUUCAGUGUCUAUGACAUCUGAUGCAGGUGCAGAGGGGCAGAAAGACGUACGGUCCCAGGGAGGUGAUCCUGACAGCCAGAGCAUGUCUCAAUCCAACGGGCUGCAAGUGUCCGAUCAGCAGGCUCAAGUGCAGCAGUUCCAUAUCGUCAGUCACCCGGUGCUCCAGCAGAUCCAGAUCCAGCAGCCGCAGCAGCAAGCGCAGGUACAACAGCAGCCCCAGCAGCUGGUCCAGGGCUCCAUCCAGUUGCAGCCGACUCAGACGCUGCAGCCGCUACAGCAGAACGUCCAACUUCAGGCUUUCCAGAACCCAGCGCAGGUCCUGAUCCGGGCUCCCACGCUUACGCCAACCGGCCAGAUCAGCUGGCAGACGGUGCAGGUCCAGAACGCAGGUAUGGCUCAGCAGCUCACGCUUGCCCCGGUGGCCUCAAAUCAGAGCGGCGGAGCUUUCACACAGAUCACUCCCCUUGCCAUCGGAGGAACGCCCAUCACGCUGAACGCGGCCCAGCUGGCAUCGGGGACGGGCGUGCAGACAGUCAACAUUGCAGGCCUGAGCGCCGCCGGGGUCCAGGUGCAGGGUGUCCCUCUCACCAUCGCCGGGGUGCAGGGCCAGCAGCAGGGUCAGGAGGGUGUUAAGGUCCAACCCGGCCCGGUGACCGUCACUGUGGGGAACUUAACCAACGCCAGUCUAAACGCAGUGAGUCCGGACCAGCUGGGUCAGGCACAGAGCCCCUCGGAGCAGGAGGGACAGCCAAGCAAGAGGCUGCGCAGAGUGGCCUGCUCCUGCCCCAACUGCAGAGACGGAGAGGGCAGGAACAACAACGACCCGUCAAAAAAGAAGCAGCAUGUGUGUCACAUGGAGGGCUGCGGGAAAGUCUACGGUAAGACGUCUCACCUGCGAGCUCACCUGCGCUGGCACACCGGAGAGAGGCCCUUCGUCUGCAACUGGAUCUUCUGCGGAAAACGAUUCACGAGGAGCGACGAGCUACAGCGGCACCGCAGGACACACACGGGUGAGAAGAGAUUCGAGUGCCCGGAAUGUUCCAAGAGAUUCAUGAGGAGCGACCACCUGUCGAAGCACAUCAAAACCCACCAGGGCAAAAAAGGAGGCGCUGCACUGGCCAUCCUCACCACCGAGGACAUGGAGGACGAGGUAGAGGAGGCGCUGGGCUCGCCACGGAUCGUCACCGUCGCAUCCAUCUCGCAGGAUUCCAACCCGGCCACGCCUACGACGUCUAACAACCUGGACGAGGAGUACGAGUAGAGAAGCUCGUGGCUCCACUCAAAGCACCAUGUUAUAUAUAUAUCAGCUUUUAGUUUGUCUGUCUUUUAUUUGUUUGUAAUUUCUUUUUUUUUCCUGUUCUUUUGAGAAUGGACAGCUCUCGGAGUGCAUCGGCUUUUCAGAUUUUUCAUAUGAAAAUGUUAAAAACUAAAAAAAAAAAGUUAUAAUAGAAAAGAAUCUAAAGAUUAUAAAUUUACCAUUUGGUUUUUAAGAGACGUAGAGCGAUUAUCAGAAAGGAGAUGAGAUUUGUCAGAGAGCGUUUUAUUUACAGGAGCACGAAGAGGGAUCUGUUGUUCCCAGUACACAAAUCCACUAUGAAGAGUCUUUUUUUCUUUAGGAUUAAUGAAUUCUGUCUCUAUGCACAAAAUUUUACGUCUUUUCUCGAAUUAUGGAUCGACUUAUUCCGGAGAGCGAGGAGUUGGUGUAGAUGUAGGUUUUAAACGGAACCCAGCCAGUGGUUUUCGAAUGCAGUCUGAAGAGAUUCGGGGCCGAACGGCUCGACACGUACAUGCCGUUCGACGCCGAGUCGAUCUUAUUAAGCAGCAUGGCAUCAGCAGGCAGCCGUCCAGCAGCCGGUUACACUCUUAGACCUUAGAGCAACUCUCGAGUAAACCUACGAGAGAGAGGAAGGAGAGAGGAAGGAGAGCACCUGACAGUGAUGUAAAGGGUCCUAAAAAGCACAAAUUGAAAAGAAAAAAAAAUCCACAUAGAUUUAUAUUUAAAAGAAAAGAGAGAAAGAAAGAGAUGAUACAUUCCUAUAUGAAUAGAGGGAUGGUGUUAGGAGGCAGGAAAAAAAAUAAAUAAAACCACAAGAGGCAAAUUUGGCUUCCUGAUAUUUGCUACGUUAAAUGAAAGCAAUACUAUAAAGACAAUCCUUGUGAAACCAUGUUUACAUUAAAUAGGAGGCAGAACAGAUUUUCGUUUAAGACGUGGAACAAAGGAAACCACAACAAACAGCCUAAAGGUCUUUUUUGCGUCUCAAAAGUCAUAUGAACUGUCCUACAAUGCCUUAACACAGUGAUGAGCGAGAGGUUCGCAGUGGGGGGGGAGGGGGGUUGGGGGGGAGGGGUUUCAAGCGGGUUUUUCCACGAAGGGACGGCGAUUUCCUGUACUGUUGCACACAGCUGACCACACGCUUCUUUUAUAUGCUAGUAAACACUGUGGCCAGUAAGGAGACGUCAUUUUUCCGAACUCCGUUCGAUCUCCAUCCGAGCGGCACCUUUUUGUUUGGUUUUUGUUUUUGUUUUUUUUUCCUCCCCUCCUCAACCAAUUCCUCCUCUCAUUAGAUCAACAUCACCUUCGUCGUCAUCUUCAUCACUGUCAUAUCCGUAGUGUCAGUGCCAUUAAAGACAUCCGCUUCCCGAAUCAUUGUAGAUCUGCGGCCACCUGCUCGGCCAGUCAAGCUCUCGUAGCUCAGUUUGAUGUUCUAAAAUGUGUCUGGUGGCGUGUUUUGUUUUUUUUUUUGUUUUUUUUUUUAAUUUGUGGAAAAUUAAUUAGUGAUAUAAUUUUUUUUUACCAUGUAUUUUUUCCCUUUAUGUCCCUUUACCUUUCUUUUUUUUUUCUUGUUCUAUCUGUUACCAGAGACAGUCUAAUAUCUAAUUUAUUAUUUAUCCUUAUUUCAAUAUUUGCCCGUUUUCCAGUCGCCGGUGUGUAUCGUACGCUGUUGAGUCAGAGAUUAUGUGCAGCAUGUUGUGUUUUUUUUUUGUUUGUUUGUUUGAUUUUUCCCCUGAUAUAAACAAUUUAUUUCUACUCGUGGUCCUUUUUAUAAAAAUAACCAUAGCUUUUUAAUUUAUACAAAUUCUUCUCUCACACCAUAACAUAUUUUAGAAAACAAAACAAGAAAAAAAACAAGAUAAAUUGUUGAUACCAAACAAUUUAGAUGUUUUUGGUAAUAUUUUGAGUGAUGACUAAUUAUUUUUUUUCUUUGAUAUUUUCUAGUGGCAUCUCAUUUGUAAAUCUUUUUCUAAGAUGUUUAUUUGUGGUUCAUGGCAUUUAAUAUUCUUCUUUUUUUUUCUUUAUUUCUUUUUGCCAGGUUAGCCUGAAAGGCUUCAGUCUAUUGAUAUUUUUAAAAAUAACUUUGUACAAAUGUGUUAUGUAAAUGGGUAAAAAAAAAAAGACAGAAAAAAAGAGUAGGGAAAAAAAGAAAGAUUUUUGCCUGCAUAACACUUGAAAUUAAAAGUUAAUAAAUCGGUCUUAAUGAUACAGUG